AUUAUAGACUAGCUACUAGUCUGAUAAUAAGUUUUUUUUAUAUACUAAUGUAUUUCCUUGUCAGAUAUCUUUCAUUUAUAGAUAGCUCCCUGUUUAUAGACUGCUCCCUUUUGAAUAUCUGGCUGUAUUAUCAGACUAGUAAAAAGCGAAUUUCUCUCUUGGCUUUGAUUGACGUUUAUAACAUUUUAACUGCCCAUGCCAAAUUGAUGGAAUUCACUGAUAGCACUGCUGGUCAGUAAUUUAUUGACAUAACGGCUUAUCCACAACCCCCACUUUAUACAUAGCAGAUGUUUGAAAUGUUUCAUUCAUUCAUGAUAAAAGAAAGAUUUUUUUCUUAGAUUUUCUUAGAUUCUUGAUUGGAGUAUAAUGUUGGAUGUUUAUAAUUGGAGUAUAAUAUUUUGAUGUUUAUAAUUGGAUGUUUAUAAUUGGAGUAUAAUAUUUUGAUGUUUAUAAUUGGAGUAUAAUCUUUUUAUGUUUAUAAUGUUGCAUUUUUUGCAUUAUGGCUUCUGGAACUACACCAUCUAAAACUUAUGUGUCAAUUCAAUUUACACCGACUACUAAAAAAUUAAUUUGUUUAAUAUGUGGCAAGAAGGAAGUAAAUGAUAAGUAUCGUGUGAAAUUGUUUAAGAGUAGUAGAAAAUCAGAGGCAUGUUCAUUGAUUGAACGGCUUUUGGAUAUAUCAAUUUCUGAAGAUCAAUGUGUAAAUAGUGUAUGCCAAAACUGCUUUAGAAGCAUAUCAACUUUGAAAGUUAAACUACAAACACACAAGGAAAACUAUGAACAAACUAUUUUGAAGCUUCAAAAAACGCAUGGAAGAGUUAGUAAAAAAAGACUUCCCUUUGAGAAUGUUCAGCCGGUGACAAACACUAAAAAGCCAAACACAGAUAGUAAGGAUUCUCAAGCCUCAAAUGAAGACCUUCUGUCUCAAUGUGAUUCCGAAAAGCAGUUGCAAAAGGCUAUCAACAUUGUUGUAACAACGAUUCAACAGGAAAUGAAAUGCUUGUGUUCCAAAGAAAACAAGACAAUUCUGCGCUCAAAAACUGAGGAUGAAUUAUCAGCAUUUUCAUGGUCAUUACUUAGUGAGGAAAUGAACAAAACUGCACCAGUAUUUUGGCAAAUAUUGCAAAAAUCUGCAUACAAUCCAAGGCAGUCUCUGUUAAACAAAACAAAAACAGAAACAUAUAAUAUACCAGGGAUAGGCAGUGUAGCUUGCAAACUGGUGUCCUUAUACAAUAGAGAAUUAAAUGCUGUGCAAAGGAUGAACAGCCUUUGUCUUCUGCGAGGAGGUGCUAAGAAGUCGGCAUUCAGACGACUUAAUGCAACCAAUGAUUGUCUGGGAUACCAAUCAACACUUCUAAUGGCUGACCAAUUUGGUUUAAGGUGGGAAAGUGACUUAAAAAAGUGGGUGAAGCAAGUGGACUCUGAUCGAAAGAAAGAAGCCAGACUGCUGAACAGAAUAACCAGCCUUGAAGAAGAUUCAAUGUUCAUAGAAUUUGAUGAUCCAGUUGAGUCGGUCCACACUCUUUUUAUGGCAGAAAACCUAAAGGCUGAAAUGUCAAAUUUGAGAUCCACAAUGCACAGUGGAUAUUAUUUUGUAGGAGAUAAUGUCGACAUGAAAACCAAAGUUAGACAAAUGACUCUUACAAACCAGAACAAAGAUCAUCAUAUGUAUCAAGUAUGUGCCUACAAAAACAGAAUUUCUGGAAAUGAUCUUGAUAAUACAAAACCCAUUGAUGAUAUCGAGAAUGUAAAGUUCGAAAGAUUUCUUCCAGAUGACAGUGACAAAGUGAAGUUGAAAGAUGAACUGUCUCUUUUUAUAGCAUGGCAGUGGACACAGAGUAUACCAGUUUUUAAGCCAUAUCAAGCUGUACUGCCGAAAUACAUUAAUCAUCCGUACAUUCAGCAGACAUGCAAGAAAACAGAAAAAAUAAACAUGGGAGUUCUGAUGAAGAAUGAACAAUAUAAUGAAGAUAUGACAGACAUCUGUACUUUCGUGAACCAGUUUGUACCAGGUGAUGAUGACUCGACAGAAAAACCAGAAAAAAUCCUCAGCGGAGGUGAUUACCUGACAUUCGAACGUCAUAAACAGGCUCAAUCAGCAAAGCGAAAUGGACGUACACCUAUGAAAAGAAUGGAAGGCCUUGUGCCAAAAAUGGAAGAGUUCCAUAACCAGGCUGAGUUCUUACAGGUAAUAUGGAAAAUACUAUACUCCACUGCCUCAUCAAAGGACACUGGUACACUCUAUGCUGCAAGAAAUUCGAUCAAUGCUAAAAACGUGUCAAAGGAUCCUGCAGCAAACUACUAUGGCAGUUCAGAAUUGAUUGAUAAAUAUACAAAAGCAUAUAUAAUAUGUGCUGCACUCCAUCAUUUCGAGAUGGAUAACCUUGAGUCACACCCAAAGAAAAAUGAGUAUCUUGGCAGGAUUGGUAAUGAAGAAGAAAUGAAAAAUUUCAUUCUAAGUAAUGCAAAAGUUGUAGUGGAAACAUUUACAAAUUUGGAUUUUCCAAAAAUACCACCGACUGGGUAUCAAAGUAACAAUAUAAAGUGCCCCGACUGUGGUAAAAAAUAUCUGCAAAUAGAGUCGCUCAGAAAGCAUGAACUGGAAGUGCAUAGUCGUGAUCGUGAGGAUACCACAGUGACAAAACCAAAAGUAGGAGCAGACGAUGAUUGUGUAUUUAAUUACACAAAAGUAAGCAUGACCUUAGGCCUUUUAAAACUAAAUCAUGAUAAUGCAAUAAGGAUGGGUGACGGUGAGCGCAUAAUAAGACUGGACAAAAUUUUCUAUUUGUUCUACAAGGCUUUCAAUUGCACUAAAUAUGCAUAUGGCAUGUUGGAAACUUUGUUGCAAACUAAGGUCUUGCUGAGUGAAAGGCAUGCACAACGCCUGGUAUGGAACAGGACAGUCAAUAACGCUGGUGAAAUUGACACAAAUUUGCCAAAUGAUCUAGACAUUGAGCAUUGCAAUAAGGUGUUUAAAGAUGAAGCCCAUAGUUAUCGUGGAACUUUUACAGAAAAGGUUGUUUCUCGAGUAAGUAGGAGUGCAUUAAAAACAGAUGAAGUAUUGAAGAACUUUGACAAAAUUUCAGGUGUAGUUAGACCAUCAGGAAAACAUACACCAGGGGAUGUGGAAGAUGAUAUAUUGUCUUUAGUUGUCCAGUUUUCUGAUAGAAACUUAUUCAGUAAAAUUUCUGGAAGGAAGCACAGUGCAUUUCAGAACUUCAGCUCUGAUCAGUUGGCAUUAGAAAUGCAUGACUUUAGAGACUGGCUUUCUAGAAGUAUGAGAAAAAUAGCUAAAAAACAUUUCUAUCAAUAUUGAGAUUUAGACAUAAAUCAGAAUUAAAGAGAUAAAGCUUCUUUAAGCUGAUAAAAUCACUUUCCAGAGAUAAGUUUUCAAUAGGCAGAUGCAACUUGUAAAUACCGCUGAUAAUGCAAUUGUUGUGGGAUAUUGGGGAAGGCAAAAAUGAAAAUUAACAAUUAUUUAAUUAAACCUGUGGAUGUAUUAAGUUCUUGAAAUACAUUUCAUUUCAUUGAACAUUUUUGUUAUUGCAUGAAUUUAUUUUGUUGUUUCAUUAUUCUUUCAAGUUCAGUUUGCUAACUGUCAUUAAAAAGAUAUG